AAUCAUCCGUGACAUGCUUGCAUACGAACUGGGAGGGCUGGGUCUCAGAUCACUGGUAUUAGUCAGGGUAUGAAAGCGAUGAACACUGGUGUGAGAGAAGACCUGCGAUUCUUCUUCACUUGAUCGAGCUCUCGAGCUAUUGUCGAUCCUACUGCGCUCUUCCAAACCGUCAAUAAUUUACAGCAAUAUGGCCUCAUACCAGAUCAAUAGUAGCGACUACUUGGCUCUCCGGUUCUAUAUUGGCGUCGUGUUUCUGUUUUGUGUGGGCAUAUUUGGAAGUUUUAUCGUCAAAGUGUUGUACAAUGUCUUUUUGCAUCCCCUGAGAAAGUUCCCCGGCCCUCUCUUGGCGAGAUCCUCUCGUCUGUAUUAUUCUUAUCAUCGCAGCACCGGGAACCUCGAAUUGAUCACCAAAGAGCUGCACGAAAAAUACGGCGAUGUUGUUCGACUUGCCCCCGACGAAUUAAGUUUCAUCAACGGCACAUCGUGGGAUGACAUCUACGGAUUAAAGUCCAAGAAGCGUCCUGGGGCGCGCUUAGACAAAGAGCCGUUCUUCUACAUGGGAGCCAUCGCUCCGAACGGAGAGAAAAACCUAGGGGCCUCUUCGAACGCAGACCAUUCCCGUAUCCGUGGAGUUUUGUCGCAUGCUUUCUCGGAAAAGGCUUUAUAUGCCCAGGAGACCGUGCUAAUGCAUCAUAUCCAUCAUUUGGUGCGAAGAAUCCGCCAGCUUCGUGGAACACCCACUGAUGCUGUGCGCUGGCUUCACCAUUGCACGUACGACAUCAUCUCGGACCUUGCCCUCGGCGUCAGCUCGGGUGCACUUGAUUGCGACGACUGGAGCCCACAAGCCCAUCUGAUAUUUGAAGGUAUCAAAGAGGGCAUUGCGGUCGUAGAGAUGCUGCGCUUCAUGCCGUACAGGUUUCAAAUGAUGCGUCUGCUAAUGUGGGCAUUUGGGCGCUCACGACGUCUGGCGUUUGAAGCUGCCGUCGACAAGGCACGGAUGCGCAUGGCGACUGGGAACUACGAAAGGCCUGAUUUCAUGUCGUAUAUCUUGGAGGCCAACGACACUGCAAAGGCACUGACGCCGGCCGAGAUCACCGCGAACGUGGCCCUCCUCCUCGAUGUCGGAUCAGAGACGACGGCGUCACUUCUUGCCGGUUGUCUAUUCUACCUGUCCAAGAACCCAGACCUCUUGCGGAGGCUCACAACGACUAUUCGGGAAGAAGUCGCCUCAUCAAACGAGAUGGAUAGCAAAAAGCUAGGCAGGCUGCCGUUUCUCCAAGCUGUGCUCAACGAGUCCCUUCGGGUAUACCCGCCCGUCGCAGGGGCUACGCCUCGUGUCACACCACCUUCUGGGUGUAUGGUCAAUGGGCAUUUCGUUCCUGGAAACACAAUUGUUGCUAUCAACCAGUAUGCUACAAACACGGCCAAAGUAAACUUCAAAGACGCUCUUGAAUUUGCACCUCAGCGAUGGUUAGACGAAGAAAGGUUCCAAGACGACAACCCGACUGCAUUUCAACCUUUUUCUCAUGGUGCAAGGAACUGUCUAGGUCGAAACCUGGCUUGGGCUGAGAUGCGGCUUAUCUUGGCACACUUGCUAUGGAACUUUGAUUUGGAAUUACAUCCAUCUUCUCAGCAGUGGAACCAGCAGAAAACUUGGUUUAUUUGGGACAAGCCAGACUUGAUGAUGGUCUUCAAUGAGCGCGCGGGCAAAUGAAGUACUCCUCCUCGUCUUUCCGGCACCCUUAGCGUAAACACAGAAUCUUACGAGAAUGGGAUAGCUUCUGAUAGAUUUCGAAUCACAGCAUUGGAAAUUGGCCUUACAAGAAAGGGAACGGACAAGGAUAUGUUGGUAUGGCUUGUCUUUCAUUCUGACUC